GUUCUUCUAUUUUUUUAUAAUUAAAGAUAAUAAUAGUUUUCUAAAAAAAUAAAUAAAACUCAAAUUCAUUGGUUUUUUAUAUAUAUCAAUCAGUCUAAUAAUUAAUAAUCAUUAUUAUUUAAAUUAAAAAUAAUAUAAAAGUAAUAAUAGCAGUUAACAACAACAACAGUAAUAAUGGAAUCAUCAAUUAUGAAUAGAAAUAUAACAUUACAGUCACUUCAAGAGCAAGUUGAAACUUUAGAAAAAAGAAACCAAUUUUUAGAAAAAGAAUUAGAACAUUACAAAAAUGAAGUGCAAUCAACAAGAAAAAUCUUAACUGAAAGAGAGAAUUUACUCCUUCAACUUCAAUGGGACGAAAACGAUGCUGAAAUCGAUGCAGAUGCUCAAAAGAAAAAGAGAUCAAAAGAAAGAGUUGCCAAUGAAGAAAGACAACAAAUCCAAAGAUUAAGAUCACAAAUGAAGAUUAUGGAAACAGCAUUAGAGGAAAGAGAUACAAAUAUUCACAAGCUUCAUAAAGAGUUAAGCGACUCUAAACUUAACCACCAAUAUACCAUUGAGGCCAUCACCGCCGGUAGAGAAGCACCACAAAGAAGCAAAACAAGUUGGGGUUUCCGUUCAUCUCCAUCAUCAUCACCAAUGGUCUUCAAACCAUCCUACUCUGCAUCACCAAUCGGCAGUGAAAAACACUUUACCAAUGCUGCUCCAUCGCCUGUUAAUUCACCAGCUUUAGGAUCUCCAAACUUUGCCUCAUCAUCCACCUCUGGUUCACCAUCUAUGAUGGAAUUUGACUAUAAUGGCCACCCAAAAAAGUUGGGAAAAAAGGGAAGUAUUUUCAACUUUAGAAAAUCAAAAUCAAAAUCACCAAUUAUUCAAGAUAAUAGCUGGGCCACUCAAUCUGCUCAUUAAUAAUAGAAUAGAAUAAUAACAGUACUUUCCUUAUAAAAAAAACAAUCCAAAAAAAAAUAUCAAUGUAAAAAUUUCUUUUAAUCUUUAAAGAUCCAAAAAGAGUUCUAUCAUUAAAAGUAUAUUACUAUUAUGUUUUUGUAAUCUUUAAAAAAAAAAGUAUAAAUAAAAAACCUUUUUUG